AUGAUGUCUGUUACUGAAAAAAGUGAAUUAUUUUGGGAUUUUAAAGGAUGUGUGGACACGGUCGACAACUGGCCGUUGAUGUCUUCGCCGUUUCCCAUGCUGACAUUCACCGCUUCAUAUCUGUUAUUUGUACUAAAAUAUGGCCGGGUAUAUAUGAAGAAUCGUGAGCCAUACAAUUUGAAGAAUGUUAUUGUACUAUACAAUAUUUUACAAGUGAUCGCAUCCGCGUAUUUAGUUUACUUAGCAAUGACGCUGUCAUGGCCACAUGGAUGGGUUGCAAAAACUUGUCUUCUGGAAAAGGAAGACACAAGAGAUAAGCUCACAGUGGUGUUGUAUUACUACUUCUUGGCCAAAAUGAGUGAAGUUUUUGAUACGAUAUUCUUUGUAUUGCGGAAGAAAUACAACCAGGUUUCAUUUCUACACGUCUACCAUCACACACUAAUGAUAGUUACAAGUUGGAUUUUCCUAAAAUAUGAACCGAUAUAUCCUUCGUUAUUUAUCAGAAAUAUUAACUCUUUUGUACAUAUUAUUAUGUACACGUAUUACGCACUAGCAUCUUUUCCUAGCUUAAGGAAAUAUCUAUGGUGGAAGAAGUACAUUACUAGCUUGCAGCUGGUACAGUUCGUUCUGGUCUUCAUUCAUUUUGCGUUAACUUACGCAAUUUCGGAAUGCACUCCUUCUUUUCUUCUAGGUCUGACCGUUUUUGGAAAUAGCAGUUUCUUUGUAUACUUAUUUGGUCAAUUUUAUUGGAAAACCUAUAAGAACAGGGAAAAUAAAAAGUAUAUUAAAAAGGAAAAUGAAAACAGUAAUAAUGAAACCUAUUAUCUCAAAAAUAAUAACAAUAUCAACACCACAAAUGCUGGACGAAAGAACAUUAUGAAAGCAAGGUAA